AUGAAUGCCACCCGAGAAGGACGCGGUUCUCGCUAUCUCCUGCGGACCAGCUCGAAGAGUAUUGCCGAAAAACUCAUGCAGAUCACCGAACUGUCUGAUGGUACUCGAGUUGAAAUUGUCAUGCAUCCCACCAUGAACAUUGUGCAAGGUACAGUCUACGAACCUGACUCCAUUGACGUCGAAGAAACACGGAUCGAACAAGAAUUAAAAUCACAGGGAGUAGUCGCAGUGCGCCGAAUCAAGAAACGGGUCAAUGGUAGACUCCAAAAUACCCCUCUGCUAGUACUAUCGAUCAGUGGCACCGUAUUGCCAGAAUCCAUUUACUUCGGCCUGAUUCGCAUCGAAGUCCGCAAAUAUUACCGUUCACCGAUGAUGUGUUAUAAUUGCGGGUUCUACGGUCAUUCACGGAAAUUCUGCAGACAAACCGGAAUUUGUCUACACUGCUCUACAACGCACCACGUCCCCGAAGGAGAAAAAUGUCACAAUGAGCCAAAGUGUCUACACUGUGAAGGAAGCCAUCCAGUAUCUUCGCGUGACUGUCCCAGAUAUAAGGAAGAAGACAAAAUACAGCGGUUGAAAGUAGAUCUUGGUAUCUCUAACGCAGAGGCAAGGCGCAUCUAUGGAGAAUCAUCCCGAAACGACACAUUCAGACAAGUGGUUCAGAACGAAGUCCAACAGGAAUUGGCUAAGAAAGACCAGAUCAUAGCAUCUCUGCAGAAACAAGUCGCCACUCUAGCCAAAGAAAUAGAAUUGCUGAAAAGGUCACAAACAUCCAUGACUCCAGCCACACCAAUCAUACAGCCUUCUGCAUCAAAACCCAAGCCGACCACGAAAACCGUAGCUACAACUUCGUCACAACCCACACCGAACCUAUUCAACCGUCCAUCUCGCAAGGACAAGACUACAUCGUCACCAUCGGGCAAGCGUACCGGCGGACGAAGCAGUGUUAGAUCGGACUACGAUGUUAUAACGCGAAGCAGAAGUGCAAAACGGCAGCUAGAAGUGUCUCCCACUGAUGUAGGCAAAGAUGUGGGUAAAAGAAGUCUCGUGCCCCGCGGAACGACAAGCACUUCUAUAGAAGUAGACGAAUGA